CAGCGCGGCCAGGGCAGCCGCCUGCCGCCGAGCCCCGAGCGCCGCUGCUCGCGGAAGCGCUUUCGGCCGGGAGCUGCGGCCGCCGCCACCAGUUUUCAUGUUUGGGAUUCAGGAGAAUAUUCCGCGCGGGGGGACGACCAUGAAGGAGGAGCCGCUGGGCAGCGGCAUGAACCCGGUGCGCUCGUGGAUGCACACGGCGGGGGUGGUGGACGCCAACACGGCCGCCCAGAGCGGCGUGGGGCUGGCGCGGGCGCACUUCGAGAAGCAGCCGCCUUCCAACCUCCGGAAAUCCAAUUUCUUCCACUUCGUGCUGGCGCUCUACGACAGGCAGGGGCAGCCGGUGGAGAUUGAAAGGACCGCUUUUGUGGACUUUGUGGAGAAAGAGAAAGAGCCCAACAACGAGAAAACCAACAACGGCAUCCACUAUAAACUCCAGUUGCUGUACAGCAACGGAGUCAGAACGGAGCAGGAUCUGUAUGUUCGCCUCAUAGAUUCAAUGACCAAACAGGCCAUCGUCUACGAGGGCCAGGACAAGAACCCGGAGAUGUGCCGCGUGCUGCUGACCCACGAGAUCAUGUGCAGCCGGUGCUGUGAUAAGAAAAGCUGUGGCAAUAGAAACGAAACACCCUCAGACCCUGUGAUCAUUGACAGAUUCUUUCUAAAGUUUUUCCUCAAGUGCAAUCAGAACUGUUUGAAGAAUGCAGGCAACCCUCGGGACAUGCGAAGAUUCCAGGUUGUCGUGUCGACCACGGUCAACGUGGACGGCCACGUGCUGGCCGUGUCUGACAACAUGUUUGUGCACAACAACUCCAAACACGGGCGGCGGGCCCGCCGCCUGGACCCGUCAGAAGGUACGGCCCCUUCUUAUCUGGAAAAUGCCACUCCGUGCAUCAAGGCCAUCAGCCCCAGUGAAGGCUGGACCACGGGGGGAGCGACUGUGAUCAUCAUCGGAGACAACUUCUUCGAUGGGCUGCAAGUCGUGUUCGGGACUAUGUUGGUAUGGAGCGAGCUGAUCACUCCCCACGCCAUCCGAGUCCAGACCCCGCCGAGGCACAUUCCUGGAGUCGUGGAAGUCACCCUGUCCUACAAAUCCAAGCAGUUCUGUAAAGGUGCUCCUGGGCGCUUUGUCUACACCGCCCUUAAUGAACCAACCAUAGAUUACGGCUUUCAGAGGUUGCAGAAAGUGAUCCCAAGACAUCCGGGUGAUCCCGAAAGGUUACCCAAGGAAGUGUUACUUAAGAGGGCGGCCGACCUCGUGGAAGCCUUGUACGGGAUGCCCCAUAACAACCAGGAGAUCAUCCUGAAGCGGGCGGCUGACAUCGCCGAGGCGUUGUACAGCGUCCCUCGCAAUCACAACCAGAUCCCCACCCUGGGCAACACCCCCGCACACACGGGCAUGAUGGGUGUGAACUCCUUCAGCAGCCAGCUAGCCGUCAACGUGUCGGAGACGUCACAAGCCAACGACCAAGUCGGCUACAGUCGCAAUACAAGCAGCGUGUCCCCGCGAGGAUACGUCCCCAGCAGUACUCCCCAGCAGUCCAAUUACAACACAGUCAGCACUAGCAUGAAUGGAUAUGGAAGUGGCGCCAUGGCCAAUCUAGGGGUCCCGGGCUCGCCUGGAUUUCUUAAUGGCUCCUCCGCUAACUCUCCCUACGGCAUAGUGCCGUCCAGCCCUACCAUGGCAGCCUCUUCGGUCACCCUCCCUUCAAACUGUAGCAGUACACACGGCAUUUUCUCAUUCUCACCUGCCAAUGUCAUCUCUGCAGUGAAACAAAAGAGCGCCUUCGCGCCCGUGGUCCGGCCCCAAGCCUCCCCUCCUCCUUCCUGCACCAGCGCCAACGGGAACGGACUGCAAGGCUCUCUGCUGGGUGCUGAGGACGCUACCGUGGAGAAGACAAACUGGCCCUUUUGUGAAGUCGGUGGCAUAUUUCACUUUGAUGAACUAAUGCUCAAAAAAGGAACUGGAAAGGUCCGCGACUCACCAUUACGAUACAGAACGAUCAGCGGAAGGUCCAAGGCAGGGGCUGAGAGCAGAGGGGAACCCGAGCUAUGUCUGGGCUGGUAGUCCCGCCAAUGUGAGGGGCGCUUGUUACCUCCCGCCGCGCCCAGCAUCCAAGGACGGACUUCAGGGGACACGUUAGUACAUAAGAGGUGCUGAUGGAGACCGUGUCUUCAGUACAUCAGCAGCGGUUGAAAUGCUACAAAAGACUUUGUUUAAAGAUUUUAUUUAAACUAUUAAGAAUCAACACACAAACGACGUACUUCUUCAUGAACAAUUCCAUUUUAUUGACUGAACUUUUCUCAUAUUUUCACAUUUCUCAGUCCUGAAGAAUAAGGAGAACAAAGCGAUGCCUAUUUUGUAUAAAGUUUCUGACUCCGUCUUGGCUCUGUCUAGUACUUGCUAUGUGUUGGGAGAAACUUUGUGAAUGCACCAUUUUGAUGAUCAUGAAACACUGAUGAAAAACGCCUCCAAACAUUUUUCUGUACUCAUACUUAGAUUCACAAUGGUUGUGUAUCUCUAUAAUGUGAAAUAUUUUUUUGUGGUGACAAAAGGGGGCCAAGGAGGUCUGAGCCAUCAAACUGGAAGAAAGGAAGACUAUAUGAGUAGGAGAAUUGGGGUGGCAGGGGGGGAGGGAGGGUUUAUCGUUGCUUAACUUCAUCUUAAUGAAACGGAACUUUGUAACUUAUUGUAGUUAGAAAUUGUAACUUUGAUAUUGAAUUCUCUUGCCUUCAACAAGCACACUGACAGAGGAAAAAAAAAAAUGCUACUGUCUGUUGGUUAAAAUAUUCUCCCACUGCUAGAGCUUCCUGUUAAGCAAGUGUGAUCUGCGACAUUUUUUUCAACUUUUGCUAGCACUGUAUACUAUUGCAUUCUUAGGCUACUGUGAGGUCCAUGUUUCUUGUACCAGAAAUUGUCCUUUUGACUUCUAGAUCCUUCUUCCCUGAUGUGUUUUGUAUGUGGUUAUAAAAUUGUAGACUUUUGUGAUUUUGCCAAAGUUGUAGCUAAAUAUUUAUACACUUGUCUUGAAUUUUUUUCAGAUCCACUUAAAUAUUUAGGGGAAAAAAACGAGUUUUAUUCCUUAUGCGUCUUAUAAGGAAUAAAAUGGUCUCCAUUCAACACUUACUUACUUUUCCAUGAACACUUGCUGUUGCUAAGGGACUUUAUUUUGUAACAUAUCAAUUAUAAAUAUUGUAUUUAUCUUUGAAAUUUUGUACACUGCUUUUCCCACCAUUUUCGGUUCCUUUUUCUUGUCUGCGUUGGUUUUUGAUCAUGGCCUGGUGUUGUGAUGCUGGGGAAGAGCAUUAAAGCCAAGAACUGUUUGAUCUGUUUCGUUCAGUGAACCAACAUCCUUGCAUUUCAUUUGUACUUCCAAAAUUUGCUAUUGUUUGUUUAGACUUUCCGUCCUUUUUUUGUUUUUUUUUGAGGAAAAGUCAAAUUCAUUGUUUAUUUUUAUAUUAUUUUUAAGUUAUCUGAACAAAUACUUUUGAAGAAAAAAAAGUUUGUUGUAUAGUCACAACAAAACGGUGCCACCCGCUGUGACAAACCCUCGUAGAUUCCGUGCAUGUGGAGCGGCCACGAAGAGGCGACACCGUUGGGGCUGUGUCCUCCUUCUGUUUUAUUUUUUUUGUAGAAUGUAAAAAGUCAUUUCAGCUGCCACCCAUGACUUUGCCACAUAGCUGAACUGUGUUUACUGGAAAAAUUCAGAGGCCUAAAGUUUAAAAUAAAAUUUACUUCUGAUGUUUUAAUGAAAAUGUUUGCCACAUUAACUUCUCUGAUGCCUUAAAAGUGGACUUCUUUAAAGAACCUUUGUGCUGUUUGAUCACAGGCUUACCCCACAAUUGUUAAUCAGUAUUUCAUUUGGAGAUUUACGGCGUAAAACACGCACACGCACACGCACACGCCCGGAGACCCCUGUGUCGCUCCUUUCUGCAUCUGGUUCUGCUGUGUCCUGUGUCCUCCCAAGCCCACCUCCGACUCAGAGAGGUUUCAGGGGACCCACAAUCACCCCUCGUUUAAAAUUCCUUUUUAACAAUACGUUUUUUGUGGUCAGAACCCAGCAGCACUGUCUGUACUUUUUAAACUGGAUAAUGACCUCCUUCAGACACUGUACCUGUUAGUGCCAAACCUGCCGUGAGACCAAGAGGGUCGUUUCUUUUUUCCCUUUGCAGACACAGCACAGCAAACGGUUUGCAAACUGCAGCAGAAAUCAAAUCUAGAACAAAAAGGAGGGACUUUAAAAAUUUUUCUUGACAGAAACCAAAACAAAACAAUGCAGGACUUAAGAAAGUGUCCAUUCAAGGGACUAAAUCAAAGGAUCAGAACGUCCCCAGGGGUUAGCGGGUCACACUCUGGCCCUGCGACCAGCCUGAGGAGUCACUCUGGAACUCUGUUGCCUCCGUUUUAUUUUGUAUAAGUAAGGGUUUGACCUAAAAAUGAGCUCACGUGUACACGUUAAGGACAUUCGCAAGUCUCCUUGUCCCUGCACUUGGUUUGUGUUUUAGAUUAAUUAGUCGCCCUCAUGGCUUCAUCGUCUCAAAACUGAGCGCUCCACUAAAUGGUAGAUUUUACUGUUAAAAACCCUACAAUAAGAUUGUUUAUCUGUACAUUUUUUCAGAUAUUUAACUGUAUAAAAAUGUUCAUUUUACACAAUAUUUAAUUAAAGUAUUUCUUGUCUGUGAAUUUCA